GUUCUCUGCCGGGGGGGGGGGGGGUGCGGGGGGGUGCUGGUUCAGAAGAUGCCACCUCCCCCACGGGCUAGAGAGUUUCCUGGACAAUGUCUCCUACCAACUAGAAGGACGCUAAUCACAGCUGAACUGUGCAAAGAGCAAACCAGCUGAGGCUCCCCAAGAACCUGCCUGAUUCACAGCGGUCAGAAGGUUAAUCAAGAUGGUACAUGCUGAAGCUUUUUCUCGUCCCUUGAGUCGGAAUGAAGUUGUUGGUUUAAUUUUCCGUUUGACGAUAUUUGGUGCAGUAACAUACUUUACAAUCAAAUGGAUGGUAGAUGCAAUUGAUCCAACCAGAAAGCAAAAAGUAGAAGCUCAGAAACAGGCAGAAAAAUUAAUGAAACAGAUUGGUGUGAAAAAUGUGAAGCUUUCAGAAUAUGAAAUGAGUAUUGCUGCUCAUCUAGUAGACCCUCUUAACAUGCAUGUUACUUGGAGUGAUAUUGCAGGUUUAGAUGAUGUCAUUACGGAUCUGAAAGACACGGUCAUAUUACCCAUCAAAAAGAAGCAUUUGUUUGAAAAUUCCAGGCUUCUGCAGCCUCCAAAGGGUGUGCUUCUCUAUGGGCCUCCAGGCUGUGGUAAAACAUUGAUUGCCAAGGCUACCGCCAAAGAAGCAGGCUGUCGAUUUAUUAACCUUCAGCCUUCGACGCUGACCGAUAAGUGGUAUGGAGAAUCUCAGAAACUGGCGGCUGCUGUCUUCUCCCUUGCCAUAAAGCUACAGCCGUCCAUCAUUUUUAUAGAUGAAAUAGACUCCUUUCUGCGAAACCGUUCAAGUUCUGACCAUGAAGCCACAGCCAUGAUGAAAGCUCAGUUUAUGAGUCUGUGGGAUGGACUGGACACCGAUCACAGCUGCCAGGUCAUAGUGAUGGGAGCUACUAACCGUCCUCAGGAUCUUGACUCAGCCAUCAUGAGAAGAAUGCCCACAAGAUUUCAUAUCAACCAGCCUGCUCUAAAACAAAGAGAAGCAAUCCUGAAACUCAUCUUGAAAAAUGAAAAUGUGGACAGGCACGUGGAUCUGCUCGAAGUUGCCCAGGAAACAGAUGGCUUUUCGGGCAGUGACCUGAAGGAGAUGUGCAGGGACGCGGCCCUCCUCUGUGUCAGGGAGUAUGUGAAUUCUACGUCUGAAGAAAGCCACGAUGAGGAUGAAAUCCGGCCCGUGCAACAACAGGACCUGCAUCGGGCGAUUGAAAAAAUGAAGAAAUCAAAGGAUGCGGCCUUUCAGAAUGUUUUAACACAUGUUUGUUUAGAUUAAGAGUAAAGAUCAUUUGUACAGUUCAGUGUGAUCUAGUUCGAUGCGCUCUCUUACCAUCAGUGGAAAUAGAAUGAAAAGAGAAAUGUUCUUCACCCAGUGAGAGAGUUCAAUGUUCCCAACACUGGUUUUAUACUCUGAAUUCUAAGUUAUUGAGAAACAGUUGUUGUAAGCGGUAUUACUACUUGUCAGAAAUCAUGAGGAGGAACAGUUUGAUCCAGCCCGAGUGGGUGCUUGUGUUUGACCUCUGUAGCCAUACGUUGCAGCCUUAGAGCAUCUAAGCUGGUCUCAAAGAUGAUUCACUGAGUCAUUCGUGAGAAAGGGGGAUGUGAGUGUGUGUGUGUGUGUGUGUGUGUAUUAAAUGUAUAUAUUCACACAUUUUAUAUUGAUAUUAUGUAGAUAUGUUUGAAUACGAAACUUUUUUUUACCCCAACUACUGAAUCAGAAAGUACCAAACAGUAUAUAGCAAAACGAAGAUUUAUGGUUGUGUCUAAGGUACGGUGAUUCAGCCAUUUCCAGUUGUUUCCUUUGUUUCAGCUUUUUUUUUUUAAGUCGAGCAUCACUCUGCAGUGGAAUAGUUGCAGUCCGCCCCAUCUCCGUUUCCGGAUGUGUCUCCACUGUUACAGUAUCAGGAUAAUCAAAUAAAAAUACUGGUUCAGUGAUGAGCAUUGAAUGGUUGUCAGGCAUUCGUGUGAUCAGGACGGAUUUCACAUGGAUUUCACCUCCUUUUGGCAGCACACUGAGUAGAGACGUGUUUCAGAUCGAUACCCCGACACAUGGAUUGGAAGCCUGGCCCACGAAUGGCUUUGAAACACCACGGUGCCAUUCAGCAGCAGGUGUAUGUGACUGUCCUUUCUUCAUUUCAUCGGACAUAGUUCUGUUGUAACCGUGGUUUUUUAAUGUUAUUUUAAAGUUGUACGUUCUUUAGUUAUGGUCAAAUAUAAUUUGGUCAUCAAAAAUGAAAUGAUAGUUUAAAACAAGUAGCUGUUACUAAAUGUGCUAAAAAUACUCAUUUUGUAACUUUAAUUUUUAAAGUUUUCUGAGCAUAUUAUAAACUGUGCCCUAGUUAGUACAGAUGUACACAUCAGAAGCCCCAUAUUGUAUCCGUAGUCAUUCGAUGCUAUGUGCCCUACAUAGGAAACUUUUUUUUGUCUAAAAUUUCACUAACCAGAAUUCUGUUACAGGCACUUAAACACACCGCAUGAGGAAAAUGGCACAAUAUGAUCUUGAGGUGCCUUCUGUGAACCAUCUGAAAGAUUAAAUUAUGCUUCAUAUAGUUUUGUUUUUAUUGUAUUUCUUUGAAAACUCUGUCUUUAUUCGUGAGUUAUUGGAUUAAUUUAUUUGAUAGGAAGUCUCUCACAGAACCUGUUGGAGCAUUUAUUCUGUUGUGCUUUGAAUGACGGGUGGGGUAGAGGCCAGGGCAGAAAGCAAGUCACGAACAGGGUGACGGUGAUUGAAAAUUGGCUGCAAAACACAGGAUACCAAAAAUAAAAAGUUUCGUCUCCAUUUUUAAUGACUAUAUUAUACUAUUAUUUUAUAAAUAUGUAAUAAAGAGGAUCCUCUAUUAAA